UGCAUGCUUUGCCAGACAGCUCGCACGCUCGGCCCAAUCCUGUCGCUUCGCUUUGGCUAUGGGACGUGGCGUCUCUGUGGCAUUUACUACCGCUGUCUGCUCGGGCAAACGCAUAUCUGUUGACGCUCUGCCUAGGGAAGUCUGGCGCGACGCGACGUUCCUGCUGGUAUCGAGGACCCCUCAUGAUGAAGAAGCAGCAGCCCCUCUACCAUCUUCCACACAUACAAAACUCUGCAGCGCGCUUGUAUAGAUCCACUGAUGCUCUUGCUCUGCUUCCUCAUCCUCGCCAAGUUGCUCUCGGCUGCCGCCGCCGAUGAUCCUGCUCCAGAAUUCAAUCUCCGACAGAGUUUCCUAGUUCUCAUCUGGUAUGAAGCCACAUGCCAAGCAAGCACCACAAACGACCCAAUCAGCUUCGAACGCUCGAGCGCCAAUCCGUACAUCAUCAAAUUUGGGAUGGGCGCUACGCACGAUGAAUACAGCGGCAAGCACAGAUGGACACCGCUCGAAGUGAUUGGCCGCCUGCCCUUCGAGGGCCACGUGUACUUUGGCGAUGAUGGCUUCAGAGGGACGGACAUGCACGUCUCCAUCGUCCUGGAGGACUUUGCAGGCGUAUCACCCGAGCUUCAAGCAUGGUCACGCUGUUGCUUGCCUCUGUUGAACUUGUCGCUCUUCGUCAACGCAGAUGAGACGACAGUGUCGACCCUCGGUAGUAUCCCACCCGACCUCCGCCUGAGAUGCAAACCGGAUCCAUGGGUGCGCUCCUCAGCGCCGUGCGAUCUCAAAGCCAUUGGCAAUCCGAAACAGUCCACGGAGUGCAACCGGAACGUCAGAGUGGCAAUCGCUCCCUUUGUGCAACCCAUCAACUCGAGGAAACACUACGUCUAUGACGUUUUCGCCACUGCAAGUUGUCAAGCGAGCAAGAGCAGAUUCAUCCAGCGUGUGAUUGCGAGCUGUCCCGAAGAGCAUCAGUUGCCCAUACGAAUGGGAUUCUACGCAUAUCCACCCACGGAAGAAAGGACUCGCUGGUCCAUCGAAUCUUCGGGCGUCUUCACGGAUUACGAGAUACGCGAGCUCAGCAGUGAUGAAAAGGGCUCAGAGUUACGCAUCACCGGACUGCCUCUUGCCUUUCAGCGCGAGAACCCCCAGUACGAGGCAUGGGAACAAUGGCAAGUCUUACUCGGCUUUGACUGUACGGCUACCGCCACGGCCGUCAUCGACAUCGUUGGCGCAACGGGCGACUUGACAAUCGGUGAGGCUCGUGUGAUCGUCGAUUGUCCGGGAGACGACGACGAGGCUCACGACGAGCGCUGCACGCCCGACAUAUGGAGUCUCAUCCAGCCCAGAGCUGCGACUUACUGCACGAAUGUCCACAUGUCCAUGAGACCGGCACAAGCGAGCGCAGAAUGAUCUCGCUCCAGUCGUGAUUCGAGGCGAGCUCGAGCGCUUUGCACUUUUCGAGCAUGGUAUGUCGCUUGGUUGAUGCAAAUGUGGGGUGUCGAUGCCAAACCGACGAAUCUGUCGAAGUAAGUCUAGCCAAGUUCGUAGAAUCCGCUAUGGUGGUCAUGCACGUGCAUGUGAACGAGGCGGAU